AUGUUAUUGUGUAAUGCAAUUGUGGGGAACUAUGAUGAAAGUAACUUUAGGACUAUUCCAGAGAGACUUUUAAUGGAGAGGAGGAUGAUCAUGUCUGGAAGCUCAGAUUCGAAUAGCAUAUAUAUAUUAUUUCGUGUGAUACCAUCAGAGAAGGAAGCAGUUCCUAGGGAAAACCAAGGAUUAGUGAUAAACUACCACGCAAUAAAUAAAUCUGAAGAGAAUAAUAGUGAUGAUAAUAACAAAAAAUGCCACUAUCUGGUUCCAAUAUACAAUGAUUACAAUGUUUUCUGUUACUGGAUUUCCAGUAAAUAUUUAAAAAUUAGAAAAAAGGAAUUUUGCUUUACAAUUAGUGAUUUUAUAAAAGAGUACUGGAAACAGCCAAUUCUUAAGGAAGAAUUUACUAAUGAUGGUUUUGUGAGUAAUAAUAACAUUUUAUGUUUUGGUAGUAUAUCAAGUUAUUACCUGAGAUAUAAUAGAAUAAUUAACAUAGAAAGAGAGGAGAAUGUUCAAAUUGUUUGUAUUAAUUUGAAAUAUAGAAACAGAGACUUUAUAAUUAUAGAAAAUUUAAUUGAAUCUACCAAAGCUUUAUUAGCUCCAAGCUCUCUAUUUAAUGGAAAUAAUACAAUUAAGGACUUUUGUAUCAGUGAAGAACAGGAUCUUGAAAAGGAAUCUGAGAAUGGGUUGAAAAUGAAACAGGAACAAAAACGUAAACAAAAACAAAAAGAGGAACAAGGACAAGAACAAGAACAAGAACAAGAACAAGAACAAGAACAAGAACAAGAGCAAAAGCAAGAACAAGAACAGAAAAAAGAACAGGAUAUGGGAGGGGAGUAUGAGAAUUUUGAAAUGAGAAAUAAAAUCAACCAAAUUCAAGAAAUUUCCUACAAAGAAGAAGAUCCAAAGAUAUGUUUUGAUGACUAUACAGUAAAGGAAGAACAAAAAGUUUUACAAAAAAAUACUAAUUACGAAUUAAAGUGUAUUCCGGCUCAAAAAAAUUAUAAUAAAAGUUCAACAUUUACAGUUUGCACUGAGGCAAAUGUGAAUAUUAUUCAGUAUGAAAAUCAAAGCUCAGAAAGUCCAAAUUCUUUAGGAGUCAGUAGAAAAGAAGUGGUUAUUACACAAGUUUUUGAACAUGAUAAAAUGAAAAAUCCUAAAUCAAACAAUAAUGAAUACCAAUUAACCAAUUCCACUUUAACUCCAGAGACUGUAAUUACUCCAGUUACUAGAAAUUACGAUAAUUGGACAAAAUAUAAAGAUAAUGAAGAUUUUCGGGAAACUCAUUCAAAAACUGAUUUAAUUCAGAGAAAACACUCGGCUGUACCUCUCAAUGAUCAUUAUUUGUCCACAAAUAAUUUUAAUACAUGCAAAACACGUAAUCAAACCAAUUCAUUUUUGCCGCCAGGCAUGCAAAUUAACACCGGUAUAGGAAAUAUUAACCAAGUGAAUAGAGAGCAGUUAAUAUUAAAUAGAAUAGAGUCAGCAAGAAAGAAUGUGAAUUUUAGUCAUAAAAUUCAUUGUGGAAGGAAUUUUUUUAGAGAAUAUAUUCACGGAAAUCAAACAAAAAUACCUGGAAAUGGUGGAAUAUGUAGAGGAAUAAGUAAUUAUAGUAUAUGUACAAAUAAUCAUGCAGGUGGGACAAUGUUAAAUAAUAAUUGUAGAAUAAACGGGAAUUAUAAUUCCAGUUUUGAUAAUAACUAUAAUAUUGAUCUUUUAUCUAAAAAGUUUAAUCGUAUUAUAGGUAAAGCUGACUACUUAUUGGAGCAAUUAAACUGCAGUGGCGACUCUAAUAUUAAAUUCCAAAGAAAUAAAAGUGAAACAGAGUCUUACAGUGAGAGUAAUUUGAGUAGGAAAAGUAUAUUAACCAGUUCAUCUUCCUCUAGCAUGCUUUCCUGUUUCCAGAAUCAUUCACUAGGCAUUAAAGAAUGUACAAAUAAUCAGUUAGUAUUUGACGAUGUAUUCAAUAUUAAAAAUGAUAUAGUAGAACAGCAAGCUCAAACAUUGUAUAACGUUAAUAAAGAGCAAAUUAAUAAAAGGAAUUCAAGGAAUUUUAAUUAUACAAGAGAAAGUAACUUGUCUAUAAUAAACAAUAAUGUUGAUAUCAAGAAAGUUCUUGUAGAUGUUCAAAUAGGUACCCAACUAGAUAAAGAAUUUGACAAUUCUGAUGAUCAAACUAAACAAAAAGAUGAUUUGGAAAUUUCUCAAAAAAAAUUAAAUCAAAAAGAUUUAAUACAAGAAGUUGGUCUAAAAAAAAUUAAAAAACCAGAAAAGGAAUUAGAAACUGUAAAUUUUAAUGGGAAAUUGAAAGGAUCAGACUCAUAUGAGGAAGUUGAAGAGGUAGAAAUGAGAAGAAGAACAAUAAUAGAUCCAGAAUUGGUUGAGAUAGAUUUCUACGUGAAUGGGGGGAAACUCAAGAGUUCAUUUUCAAUUUUGAAUAUUAUACUUAGUAGAUGGAGUGGUAUUCCCACUGUAUCCAAAUUGUGA